AAGCGGAGCAUCAGCGAGGAAGAAGCGAGAAAAAGGAGGAGGGGGCCCUGCCUGAAAGGCAUGCCGGGACUGUCCGAGCGGAGAGAGAGAGAGAGGAGGGCGAGAGAGCACAAGGAGACACAAGUUUGAGCAGUAGAUCUGUCCGUCCUUCCGUCCGUCCAUCCGUCCGUCCGUCCACCCUUCCGUCCUCAUGGCCUCGGUGCUGGCCAGCAGCAGCCCCGGCGGCGCAGUGAGGUGCAAGUUCAAGAGGAGGAGGAGGAGGAGGACGAAGAGAAAAGAAAAAGUGAGUAGCAUGCUGUCUGCCCUGAUUGUCCCCUUCAAGUACAUGAGCCCAGGUCCAGGCAGCACAGAAGACGAAGACACUUUAAGUACCAGCAGUGCGGAGGUCAAAGAGAACCGCAACUUCGGAAACCUUGAGGACUGCACCAUCGUCCCAUCAGACCGCCAGCCUCUCUUUCUUUCUGAUUCAUCCCGAGGCAGCACGUCCAGUCUGAAACGCAAGCGGCCACUGGAGGAAGACAACAACGGGCGGCCGUGCAGGCUGCGGCUGUGUUACAGAAAGCUACCGUGGUCUGAUGCGCCCAAGAAUGCCCUGGUUCAGCUAAACGAGCUUCGGCCAGGCUUGCAGUACCGAACUGUCUCCCAGACUGGCCCAGUUCACGCCCCACUGUUCUCCAUUGCUGUGGAGGUCAAUGGGCUUACCUUUGAGGGCACCGGCCCCACCAAGAAAAAGGCUAAGAUGCGGGCAGCUGAGCUGGCCCUUAGAUCAUUCGUGCAGUUCCCUAAUGCCUCCCAGGCUCAUUUGGCCAUGGGCGGCUUGUCUGACCCAUCGGCAGACUUUACUUCUGACCAGGCAGAUUUCCCUGAAACGCUUUUCAAAGGCUUUGAGCCAGACGGUUGCCGCUCGGCCGAAUCGGAGUUGCUCUCUAGCGCCCUCCGGCUGCGCCACACGCUGGACCUUAUGGUGGUGCAAGCCAGGCAGGGAAAUCCAGGUCCUGAGGCUCCACCCCCAAGCCCAGUGGUACUGCUGAACAACCUGCGGCCAGGCCUGCGCUAUGCAUGCCUGUCCCAGAGCAACCAGGGUAGGGGCCGCAGCUUCAUCAUGGCUGUGCGGGUUGAUGGACGAAUUUUCGAGGGUUCAGGACGCAGUAAGAAGCUGGCCAAGAGGCGGGCGGCGCUCAGCGCCCUGCAGGCACUCUUCAACAUCCGGCAGACCCCUGAGGCUCGAGUGGCCCACAGGCCCAGCAGGAUCAAGUGCCCUCAUUUACCCCAGGACUUUGCAGACGCUGUGUUUCAUUUGGUGCGAGAGAAGUACAGCGAGCUGAUUGGCUGCUCCUCUCUGGCUCACACGUGCCACAAAGGCCUGGCGGGCAUCGUAAUGACGAGAGGGCUAGAUGUGAGGCAGGCAGAAGUGGUGGCGUUGUCGACGGGCACUAAGUGCAUUAAUGGAGAGUACAUGAGUGACCAGGGCCUGGUGGUUAAUGACUGUCACGCAGAGGUCACAGCCAGACGAGCACUACUGCGCUUUCUCUACUCUCACCUGGAGCUCCAUCUCAGUAAGAGACAGGAUGAGCAGCAACGCUCCAUCUUCAUCCAGCAUCGCUCCAGUUUCAAGCUGAGAGAGAACAUCCUCUUCCACAUGUUCAUCAGCACGUCGCCCUGUGGAGACGCUCGCAUUAACUCACCUUACGAACUCACCAACGACUUCUCAGUGCACGGCGGCAGACACCUGGUGAAGAAGUUCCACAGCCACUUGCGGACCAAGAUUGAGUCUGGGGAGGGAACCCUGCCGGUCAGAUGCAGAGCGCCCGUGCAGACGUGGGACGGGGUGCUUCAGGGCGAGCGGCUCAUCACCAUGUCCUGUACAGACAAGAUAGCCAGAUGGAACGUGCUUGGCCUGCAGGGGGCGCUGCUUAGUCACUUUGUGGAGCCAGUGUAUCUGACCAGUCUGACGGUGGGCAGUUUGAGACACACCGGUCACCUCUCCAGAACACUCAACCAGAGGCUGGAGAGACUGGGGCCACUUCCGUCCUGCUACCGCCGCAACCAGCCGCUCCUCAGCAGUCUUAGCAGCAGUGAGUGGUGGCAGCAGGCGAAGGCUCCAUGCUACAGCGUAAACUGGACCGCAGGAGACGACCAGCUGGAGGUGAUCAAUGCGUCCACAGGGAAACGAAGAGAUUGCGGAGCACCGUCUCGACUCUGCAAACAUGCACUGUUCACGCGGUGGACCAGACUCUACCGCAAGCUGGUAGUGUGUGCUCCGGGUUCGAGGGACGUGCCGUUGAUGUACUGUGAGGCUAAGCAGGCGGCCGGCACCUAUCAGACUGCGAAGGAGCAGUGGGUGCGGGCGCUGCAGGAGAACAGCUUGGGCACCUGGGUCAGGAAACCGCCGGAACAAGAGCAGUUUCUGCUGGCCGCGUGAGACCACAAGAGAUCACGUGAGGCUGCACGAGACUGCUUGAGACCGCGUGAGACUCUUUGAAAUCACGUGAGACUCCAUACAACCACAUGAGACCACGCGAGACUGCGUGAGAUGACACAAGACUGCGAGAGACCAAACGAGGUCA